CUUAUUAAAAACAAGCCCCAUCAAAGCCUCAUAAACACAGCACAUGCCCCACACUCACACACACUCGCUAAUUUGCAAUUCACUAUCAGUUAGUUAUGUGUGUACUUUUAUUUCUUUCUGCAAUUUUUAAUUAAAUGACAGGUUCUACCUGUUGCAUUAUUUAUCAGAAAUUUUGCACAUGGGUGUCAUGGAUUGACAGGAUUGUUGAUAAAUUGCGCUGAGAACUUUAUUAUUCUUGGCUUGAAUUCAUUGCAGUUAAAAAUGUUUUGUCGAAUGGCUACAUUGAAAGAUGAUGGAACUGUAGUUAUCGAUAUCCCUACUACUAUUGAAGCUGCAUCACUUGAUCUUCAUUCAGAGGAUCACCAGAAUGUGGCCUUUGGUGGCGAACCAUUGGACUCUUCAGAUCUUCAGGAUAGACCACCAAUGCAAAUUGCUAUGCUGAUUGUUGGUACAAGAGGGGAUGUGCAGCCAUUCAUAGCUAUAGGAAAACGUUUGCAGGACUACGGUCAUCGUGUUAGAUUAGCAACCCAUGCCAACUUCAAGGACUUCGUGAUGACUACUGGGUUGGAGUUUUAUCCCCUUGGUGAAGACCCAAAAAAUCUUGCUGGAUUACAGGGUUGGUAAUUUGAGCAGACAUGGUUAAGAACAAAGGAUUCUUGCCUGCAACUCCAUCAGAAAUUCCUAUCCAGCGCAAGCAGAUUAGGGACAUCAUAUUCUCCUUGCUUCCUGCUUGCAAGGACCCGGACAUUGAUACUGGUGUUUCUUUUAGUGCAAACGCCAUAAUAGCCAAUCCAGCAGCAUAUGGUAAUCCUCUUACUGUUCCUACUUUAUAUUACGUUUCCGUUUGAUUUGUUACACUUCUAAUAUGUCAAUUCUAAGGCAUUCUUUUGGCUCUGAAGGAAUGACCUUUCCACUUACUGCAUUUUGUUUGUUACCUUAGUUCAACUGCUGACCUAAAUGAGUGCCUUUGCAGGACAUGUACAUGUGGCAGAGGCUCUCAAUAUACUGAUUCACAUAAUUUUCUCGCUCGCAUGGGCCAAUAUGGCCUAGAUUUUAACUUCAAGCAUAUCAGUGAUGAAUUUUAUUUUAUUCCAGACCUACCUGUGAAUUUCUGCAUCCUUUCUCUCAUGUGAAGCAACCUGCUGGAUAUAGAGUAAGUUGAUUGUUGGUUGUUGCAUGAAGUAAUCAUCACAAGAUAGAAUGUCUACUGGUUGUGAAGAAAAUAUGAUAAUGCAACAGACUUAUAACAAGUAGACAUUCUAUCUUUCAAUGAAAUUUCCUCACUGUUUCUUGAGAAACAGUUCCAUUACAUACAAAGACUAUCAUGAUGCACACAUUUGACUAUUAAUUUGGGUUGCAGCUUUCAUACCAGAUUGUUGACUCUUUUGUCUGGCUUGGCAUAAGAGGUAUGAUAAAUGGUCUCCGAAAAAGGAAGUUGAAAUUGAGACCAGUCACAUACCUAAGCAGUACACAUGCUUAUACGAAUGAUUAGGCUCCCCGUCAUGCUCAAGCUCUUGGAACCAACCGUCGAAACGGCUCCCCGUCGUGCUCAAGCUCUUGGAACCAGCCGUCCUUGUCACAAGUUCCGGUUGAGCUAUAAAUUCCCUACAAUGUUCAUGUCUGACAUGCCAAGUCGUUGAUUAGGCUUCUGUCAUCUGCGAUGUGUUUCCUCAGUUUCGUUAUCAUCAUAUUUCGAAAGGGCUCCCCGUUGCGUUGUGGUUUGUCGGCCCCACGUUCGCCGUGCUCAUGGCCUCGUCUUCAAGGAAG